AAAUACUGACAUUUUCGCAUUCCCCCAUCAUUAAAACUAUGGCUUUAUCUAAAAUGGAUAUUCCCCGCCGAGCCCAGCACUUUUUAGAAUGCGGCAUUGAAGACUGUGAAAGAAACUGUGAGUUCUAUUGCAACCCUUGUCAUCAAAGAUUGUGUAAACAAUGCAGCGAGGAACAUCUGAAAAGUCCAGAAAGCAAGAACCAUGAGGUGGUCCUUUACCAGCAACGUAGACGACAACUUCCUGUGGAGAAAUGCAAUAUCCACCCCACUAAAGAUGUGGACAUGUUUUGUGAAGAUUGCCAACUUCCUUUAUGUUCCAAAUGUGCCACACAGUCAAACCAUCGGGGGCAUAUAUUUACUGAUCUAGAGACAAUUUAUUCAGAAAAAUUUGCUGACUUUCAAGAGGAAAUUUUCGUGAUCCAAAACUACUUUAUUCGCACAUCUCAAGAUUUACAGAGAGAGAUUAAGAAAGAUUCCCCAGAAAUCAAACAUAUCAUGGACAACAUCAGAACAUCCAUGAAGACUGAAGGUGAGACCCUGAAAAGUCUGGUGGACACAGUCAUAUCUGAGAACAUGAAGCAAUUAGACCAGAUAGAACAUUCACUGUUAGAAGAUCUAAACACCCAAGACAAGAUUAUGGAUGAUUACAUCACUUAUCUUAAUAACCAUGUCAAAGAGCUCCACAGAUGCCUGUCCUCUACAGAAACCCAGAAAUUAAUGUCUGAGGAGAAACCAAAGAUCCGGUCCAUACCAGAGACAACAAAACCAGUCAUGCCAGAAUUUACUGCUGGUCAAUACAAUAAAAGUGAUGUCACCAAAUUACUGGGUAAAAUACAUAUCCCCAACACCAUAGCAGAGAAGAGAGAAAUAAGGCCCAUUGAAAGUAUCUACAACACAACAAUGAAACUUACACAUAAUCACUUGAUGAAAGAAAACAGAAAGAAAUCUGACAGGAAACAAAGAUUGUCUCUAUCUGCCUAUGUCACGCAGGUCAGGGAGUUCAAUGUACCAGGUGUUGAUGAUGUAUUCCAUGUAUCACUGGCUCAAUCAGACAGACUCUGGAUCAGCGAUGAUGAGGGUAAUCUUGUCCAAACAGAUCUACAGGGGAAUGUUAUACAGAAGAUAAAAACCAGUGGCAGAGAUCAAGGUUACCACACAGUGACACAGGACAGGGAUCUGAUCUUUACAGACCACGACAAUCAAGCCAUUAAUAGGAUAACACAGGAUAAUAAUAACACUGAAUUCAUUAAAACUGGGGACUGGGAACCACUCAGCAUACACUCCUCCCACAUCAACGGGGACUUACUGGUGGGGAUGAAGACGUCAUAUACAGAGGCCUAUGUCGCCAGGUACAACAAGACAGGAAAAGAACUACAGACCAUCAAGUUGGAUAACAAAGAACAGGAAAUGUAUCGAUAUCCACACUACAUCACAGAAAACAUCAAUGGAGAUAUCUGUACAUCUGACUUAAAUAGAAAAGCAGUAUUGGUGGUGAAUAAAUUCGGACGGUACAUAUUCUCGUACACAGGUCAGGGGUCGAGGUUCUAUCCCUAUGGAAUCUGUACUGAUGUCCUCGGUCACAUACUGGUGUGUGAUACUGUCAGUAACACGGUUCACUUCCUUGAUCAGGACGGUCAGUUCUUGUUUCUAUUACUCACACCACGACAAGGGGUUUACUUUCCCCGUAGUGUGUGUGUGGAUGAUGAGAACAAUCUCUAUGUGGGACAAGGUCACAACAACACACUGACAGUGUACAAGUAUCUACAGUGAUUAAUGUGAUUCUCAUUCCGGCUUCAGCAUACUGUAUAUUGAAUCAAACCUAAAUCUAUCAAGUAAUUAUGUUUUAUGUUAUCAUUAAGGUCUUCCGUUUCCAA